AACUCCGGAGAAUGAAAACAAUAUCGUGCUUAUUAGGAUAUAAAUACACGUUUCAUAUCAAUCUGUGGAACAGACAAAUCAAGAAUUUUAAUUAAGAAAAAAAACAUCAGAAAUGAUUCUAAGUCCUUUGACGCGAAUGUCCGUUAGAACACGUGACCUCAACCGGCACGUGCGACAUGUGGGCGCUUUAAACUCAUGUUUUGAUGAUAGCUGUGAAGAGGAACUGAUCCUCAAGUCUUCAUCCACGGAUAUCUUCCAAAACCUGGCUUUGGAGGACUGGAUACAUGAUCAUGUCGACUUGCAGAGUCGAAGGAUCUUGUUUUUAUGGAGAAACGCUCCGGUUGUGGUGAUCGGGAGACACCAGAACCCUUGGCAGGAGUGUAACCUGGACCUGAUGCGGCGGACGGGAAUCCCGGUGGCGAGGCGGCGGAGCGGAGGAGGAACCGUGUACCACGAUUUGGGCAACAUAAACAUGACUUUCUUCUCCUCGAAGAAGAAAUACGACCGCAUGAGAAACCUCGGUGUGGUCACCAGAGCACUAAAGGAACUCAGGCCGAAUCUGGAUGUCUGUGUUACAGACAGAUUUGAUAUUAUACUCAACAGGUGUUAUAAAGUCUCCGGGACUGCAGCCAGGCUGGGAAGGACAACCGCCUAUCAUCACUGUACCCUGCUGUGUUCCUCAGAUCGCUCUAUCCUCUCAUCAGUCCUGAAGAGCUCAUGUACUGGCAUUAAAAGCAACGCCACUCCCAGUGUGCCUUCGCCUGUUGCAAAUCUAUCAGACCACGACCCCACUCUGAACCCCGAGUCCAUCAUGGACGCCAUUGCGUCUGGUUAUAAUAAAGAGUUUGACCUUGACUGUCCUGUCCUUACAGUUGACCCAGGAUCAGAAGUGCUAAUACCUGGCAUUCACAAGAUGACCUCUGAUUUGAAAGACUGGGACUGGGUUUAUGGAAAAACCCCGAAAUUCAGUGUUUGCACGUUUUUUAUGGUGGAGAACACUAAUGUUGGUCUGGAGAUAGACAUCAAGAAUGGGGUUGUAGAAUCCUGCGUCAUCAACGUACCCCAUGACUGGCUGCCUGCAGACUUCGUGAACGAGUUCUGCUCCAGUUUGACAGGGGUCCGGUUCUGUCCAAAUGAGUUUGCUGUGGCUGUAGCAGCUUUCAUAAGAACGACCCCAUCCUCUCCGAAGCGUACCCAAAAUGCACUAAGCCUUUAUGAAAGCAUUGUAUCUCUAAUGUAAAUAAAGGAUUUGAGUUCUCUGCGAA